GCUCAUUAGGAAAAAGUGACAGAGACCCCCACUAGCAAACAACCCAAUACUCUCUCUCUCUCUCUCUCUGUGGAAAUCCAGAAAGCAACAAACUUUGAGUGCAAGAGCAGCUCGGGAGGGUUGAUUCAGUGAGUCAGUGACCGAGUCAUGAGGACCCUGUCGAGUCCGAGUUCGAGGGUGGCGGCAGAGAAGAAGUGGGUCGGCGGAGAAAAUGUCUUUCUCCGCAAGCAUGAACCUUGUUUCCUCAGGCCAAAGAGAAGCAGCGAGAAUUUCCGGUUCUUGAAUUUGGUGUGUUUUCUGAAACAGAGCAAGCCCAUCAGACCACUCAUUUGCCUCUCGUCAAAAACCCAGACAGAAUUGGAGGUUGCAGAUUCUCAAAUGCAGGAAGCAUAUCAUACAAAAACUAUUCAUGUGAAAUUCCAGUUGCAGAAAGAGUGCUCGUUCGGUCAGGAGUUCCUCAUUGUGGGGGAUGAUCCUAUGUUCGGUUUGUGGGAUCCUGCAAGCGCGAUACCGAUGAACUGGUCAGAUGGGAAUGUGUGGACUGUUGAGAUGGAUAUACCAGUUGGGAAAUCGAUUCAGUUCAAGUUCAUACUAAAAGAAAGCACAGGGAAUAUCUCGUGGCAGCCUGGCCCUGAUCGGAUUUUCCAGACCUGGGAAACUAAGAAUGCGAUCACUGUUUGUGAAGACUGGGCAGAUGCUGAGCUUCAGAAAAUAAUAGAGGAAGAUCGGGUUUCAGAUGAAAGCGAUGGUUCCAAUGUUAAUGCAGAUACGUUGAUUGUGGAUGAGAACCUGACACAGCCGAAUGAUGAACUGGCUUUCAAUAUAACCAAUGAACCUACGAUCACCAAUAGUAACACUGAUCUGGCAGAGAAGCCAUUAGUGGAACCAUGGAAGGAACAAAUUGGUGCCGGAAAUGGUUCUCCUUCACAAGAAAAUGUGACCCCUAAAUGGCCAAAUGCAUACGUGGAAUCAUAUGAGGAACCAGUUGCUGCAAGAGCUGCAGUGCUUAAUGAAGAGAGAGUUAUUUUUCCGAGCGAGGAUUGUGCAGCCAUCUCAAGUAAGGAGUUGUUGGUGGCAGACAAUAUUUUCGGAAAUAAUGGUGGAGCUGCAACAGUAAUGAACCUUUCAAGCACUCAAAUCGAGGGAAGUCUAAUUAACUACGAAGAAGGUCCUGUUCUGGUACCUGGGCUGACUCCUUCACCACCUGUUCCAACUGAAGAAGCGAACAAAGAGGGCAUCGACAAACAGAUGUCUUUUGAUGGUUCGGUUGGAGCCUUUGAAGCUAAGGAUCGUAAUAUGCCAGAGCUAGAAGAGAAGCAAGAACAGUACAGUGACCUACCUCAAGAAGUAACAAAUGUGAUGAUCAACGCUAAUGAGGAGAAUUUUGACGAUGAAAUCAAGCAAACACCUCACCCUGCAAAUGAGGAAGAACAGUUCCACUCAGAGCCAGUCAAUGAUAAGGUCUUGUGCAAUGACCAACCUCAAUGUGGAAACAGCUGCCGCAAUCAAUGAUAAUGAAGAGAAUUCUGCUAAAAAGGAAGAACAGUCUGACUCAGAGGCAAUCAACGAGGUCUUGCACAAUGACAUGCAAUGGGGUCGUAAGAUGCUGCAGAACCUUCUGUCUAACUUCAGAUUGCUAUAGCAUGCACAUUGCCGAUAACCUGGGAAGAAAUUUAGGGAAAUUGAGCCUGUAACUCACCUGCUUUGUUGCUGAUGUUUUCUGGUGGCCUACAAAGAGGGGAGAGAAAGAGGCAAUCUUAUAAGCAAACUGUUAUAUGUGCAUAUGAUAUGAACAUAGUUGUUUGGGACUAGUAUUGCCACUUUCCUGUGAUGUAAGAGUGCUCUGGUUUUUGUAUUCUUUUGGUUUGGCAUAUUAGAAUUUGUUCCAAAUACAAAGUUUUGUAAAGCUUCUUCACAAUGCUGAUUUGGUAAGGAUUGGGUUGCUUCUUUCUA